AUGUCUACAAGAAAAUUACGAAUAGCAUUUGUUCAUCCAGACCUUGGAAUUGGCGGGGCUGAGCGACUAGUCGUGGAUGCUGCAACGAGCCUACAAUCAAAAGGACAUAAGGUUAUAAUAUAUACUUCGCAUCAUGACCCGUCACAUUGCUUCGCAGAAACGAAAGACGGCACACUUCAAAUAUGCGUCCGAGGAGAUUCUAUACUCCCUCGAUCUCUUUUCAAUUCUUUCUAUAUAGCCUGUGCUAUACUGCGACAAGUAUAUCUGACUCUCUCGCUAAUAUUCUACGAAAAGGAGAUAUACGACGUCAUAUUUGUAGAUCAACUGUCGGCAUGUGUGCCGUUGUUGAAACUAACUGGGGCUAAGGUUUUGUUCUAUUGUCAUUUUCCAGAUAAAUUGUUAACAAAGAGAGAAUCAAUAUUGAAAAUGAUGUAUCGAUGGCCGAUCGAUAAACUCGAAGAAAUAACGACCGGAAUUUCGGAUCGUAUACUAGUUAAUAGUCAUUUUACGGCUGGGAUUUUCCGUGAAUCUUUUCCUUCAAUUAAGCAGAUGCCAGAAGUGUUGUAUCCUAGUAUACACCUCGAGUCAUAUGAUAAAGAAGUUAAUCUGGACGAUCCGAGCAUAAAACUGCUUUGCACACAAAAGAGGCUAAUUCUUUCAAUAAACCGCUUCGAACGAAAGAAAAACCUUGCUCUAGCCAUACAUGCUUUUUCUCAUCUACGCGAUUCAGCGGUAAUCGCACCGGCGACUUUCUCCACACUUCGCCUAAUAAUUGCUGGCGGAUAUGAUCCACGUGUAUCCGAGAACGUAGACUAUCACGACGAACUUGUCUCCCUCACAUCUUUUCUCGAACUCACAUCACAUACUCUCUUCCCGGACUCUACGACUCCACCACCAGAAUCAACUCAAGUGGUAUUUGUGUGUUCAUUUAAUGAACAACAGAGAAGUUUUCUUUUGUCUAAUACGAUCUGUUUGUUAUAUACACCUGAGAACGAACAUUUUGGGAUUGUGCCUGUAGAGGCCAUGUACAAAAAGAUCCCUGUCAUUGCGGUAGAUAGUGGAGGACCUAGAGAGAGUAUUGAGACAAACGUAACAGGACUUUUGUGUGCACCUACACCGGAAGAUUUUACAAAUGCAAUGGUUAAGCUUAUUCGAGAUGAGGAUACGAGGGAAAAAAUGGGGGAGAAUGGACGAGAGCACGUGCAGAAUAUGUUUUCUUUAGAUGUAUUUGCUGAGAGGUUGGAAGAGAUUCUACUUAAUAUGGGAGAGAGGAGAGACUGGAUCGGAGAAUAUGCGUUUACUCUUGUUCUUGUACCGGUGGUCGCAUGGUGUAUAUAUUUGUUCACGACGAUGGCUAAUGAUAUUCAAUCUGAGAAACUUAAAUAUGCUGAAAUAUGGGACUGGUAA